GAACUGGACUUGAUCUGAUCCGGUUUGCAGGUCUGAUCAUCCUUUUGGAAUUUUACUGGAUUGAAAAACACUGAUCUUAAAUAGUAUAUAAUUCAUAAAGAUGAGAAGUUGUUUUAGUUACAGUAGGACGUAAGUCACGUAAUCGUCGUGGGAAGCUUAUUUAUGGUUGUAUUGAUUACUGUUACGAAUAAAGGAGAUUAUUGGGUAAUCCUGAAUGUUUAAUCCAGAAAUUAGGUUAAGUGGCACUGUUGGCCAACUAGCAUCCCCAAAUGUACUCAAUAAUGACACCCUCUAAUCCUUUUAUUGGGUUAGGAAUUACGAAAUUCUUCAACGUAUUAAUGAUUAUAACUUGCUUACAAAGCCAUAAACACCCACGAGACUGCAAAUAAAACCCCUACCAAAAUCCCCAGUUUUCCAUCAUUUCCACACGCUUACAUAUCGUAUACACCCCCCCAUAGGACAAGCACAUACAUUUUCCAAGGUAGCAAGAAGCAAACCAGAAAAAAAAAAAAAAAGAGAGAGAGAUGAAAGAUCGGAUACAACGAUUUGUAGCAUUGCCAUUUUCACUGGGUUGCUCAACGCAAUCCAGCGUCGCCGUGGCUGAUACUCAUGAUCAACCCAAGAAACCAGACCAGCUCAUCAAGAGGAGAGAAGAAAGUGAUGAAAAUGGCUUGUUUCAAAAAGAAGACACGAGCAUAGACAACAACAACAACAACGGCAGUGCUAACAUCUCAGACAAAAUUAUUCGAAGCUUCAAGAGUUUUUCUCACUACUUCAUUCGUUACGAAGAGGAGAGGGAAGAAAGAGAGGCGGAGAUGGAGAUAGGGCUUCCAACGGACGUGAAGCACUUGAGCCACAUCGGAGUCGAUGGAACCAUGACCACUUUUGACGUCUAUUCCACCACCAGUUCCUCAUCUUUCCCAUUCGCUGGUUUCCAUCUCACUGCCAUCUGAUAUAAUUUGUACGUAUCUUUAACUAUAAAACAACUUCACAUAUACUAUUUUACAUUUCUGUUAAUAUGCAAUGGUUUCAUAUACGUAAGACUAAGACCCUCAUUGGGUUGCAAAGAAAACACCACAAAGUCUAUCCAAUAAUGACUUUCAAAAGAUGCCUUUUUUAUCUUUCAAUAUUCAGUUAUAGUUUGCUCACUAUCAUCACUAACAUAUCUAAUAAAUUUGAUUAUCUUCUACAAUGGAUUAAAGAUCAUAUUCGAAUCAGUGAUGCCUUCAAAUCACCGGUGAACGGGAACGUGUUCAUCGUUUAUAAUCAUACUCAAACUCAUUACAUUAGUAGACAUAUAAUCAAUUAUUGCUCCUCCCUUUGUAAACUAAUUGUUGACAAAACAAAGUUUUACCUUGGAUUAAAUUUAAGCUACUUAAAAAACUGGGUGGUUUGACUUGCUACGUAUAUAUUUAGGGCAUGACUCGCAAGUUUGAUGAUGCGAGAGUUUGUGACUUAAACGUUAUUAACUGAUCUGUACAACUGGUAAAAAGGUUAAA